GCUGAAGAGGGAAAUCAGUGGAGUCGCGUUGGCAUUUCUAUCAGCCGCCGCUCGAGCGCAGAGGAGACACCGAGCUUGUUCGCCGCCUUCAAGAGUAGGACAUGAUAAGGUCUCCACCAUGGACACAGAGAUGAUGCCGAAAUUCUCCUCGAAAGACGAGGAAAUCAAUUACUGGAAGUGCUUGUCUCUGAAAUACAAGAAGAGUUAUCAUGACGCUCAGGAGGAGCUGCAGGAGUUCCAGGAGGGCAGUCGAGAGCUGGAGGCCGAGCUGGAGGCUCAGCUGGGUCAGGCUGAACACCGCAUCCGAGAUCUGCAGUCCGAGAACCAGAGGCUGAAGAGCGAGGUGGACACACUCAAGGAGAAACUGGAGCAGCAGUACGCGCAGAGCUAUAAGCAGAUCUCCAUGCUGGAGGACGACCUGGUCCAAACCCGUGGCAUCAAGGAGCAGCUGCACAAAUACGUCAGGGAGCUGGAGCAGGCCAACGACGACCUGGAGAGAGCGAAGAGGGCCACCAUCACGUCUCUGGAGGACUUUGAACAGAGGCUAAACCAGGCGAUCGAGAGGAAUGCCUUCCUGGAGAGCGAACUGGAUGAGAAGGAGUCUCUGCUGGUCUCAGUGCAGAGGCUGAAAGAUGAAGCUAGAGAUUUGAGGCAAGAGUUGGCAGUUCGAGAAAGGACUUCAGAUGUUUCCAGGAUGUCGGCCCCCAGCUCUCCCACCCUAGACAUUGAUAAGACGGACUCAGCAGUGCAGGCCCCCUUGUCCCUCCCAGCCACACCUGUGGGGAAGAACAUGGAGCAUCCUUUCAUUGCUUCCAAAGCGUUGACCAAUGGGUGUGGAAACUCCCCCCUCACACCGUCUGCACGGAUCUCAGCCCUUAACAUCGUUGGUGAUCUACUGCGGAAAGUUGGGGCUCUUGAGUCUAAACUAGCCGCCUGUAGGAACUUUGCCAAGGACCAGGCAGCAAGGAAAAAUUACACAACAGGAAAUGGAAGCCUCAUCAACAGCAACGCAACCAAGUUCUCUCAUUCGCUCCACACUACAUACUUCGAUAAGACGAAUAUGAAUGGCCUGGAUCCUCUGACGGCCAUGUCUUCGGCGCAGACCGUGUCUCCUCCUGGCAUGCUCCCUCUCAGCGUCUGAGAGACUUCCCCAGCGACCUCCACACAAGCUCUGACACGAUGUGGAAACGGAGAGGACACUCGAAAGAAUGUGUGUGUGUGUGUGUGUGUGAGAGAGAGAGACUGAGAUGACGUGCCUCCAGCGUGUCUGACAGAUACAUGUCAGGCGUGAGGGGUCCGUUCCUGUGACCGUGUGCUUCAUUCGACCUCUGUUCUCACGAGGUCUCACCUAAAGCCAGCAAUACGACAAAGGUCUGAGUCAGACCGCAGCUUCUGUGUGAGUGUUUAAGUGUGUCGCACAAUUCAAAAGAUGUUAAAGGGAUUUUCUUUUGAGGUGAACGUCACUGUAUGCUUAAUGCAGAUGAAUGUGUGUGUGUUUGUGGGAUCUGAGGUAAAUCUGAACGUCCCAUCUGCCUGGAUUUACACGUUCACUGUUUUCAGCUUCAGUAAAAGGUCUUGAUGUGGAGGUUUUUACUGGAAUGGAUGUCAAGAAAACGUUAAAUAGCAUGGAAACAUCUGCUACCUUUAAAAGCGCUCUAAUGAAUUAUUAACCCAGUUACAUCAGCUGACUGGUCACCAGUUUGCAUGAAGCAACCACUAGUUCAGGGCUUUGAAAGGGUUGUAUGUAUGUUUCCUAAAGCUGCACUUCAGAAUCCCGCAGUUACCUAAUGUUUACUGUCUAGAUUCACGAGCCACAGUGCUCAUGAUGGCAUCGCACUAUAUUGACACAAUGACAAAUACUGUUUCACUCGUGUAACGGCUUUGACUGUAACUCAGUCUGUGUGUAGUGUGACCUUCAUCACAGAACCUCAUUUCUAUCCCAUGUGCCUCUGCUGGUGAGUUUGAUAUUCACUGUUUAUUUAUUUCACUCGUGGAACGGAAGCCAACUUAUUUUUAUCACAGUAUUUAAGUUCAGUUCAUUUACGCCAGACUUUAACAUCUAGUAUAUGAGCACUUUUUAGUAUUAAUUUUUCUUUGAGUCUUUGAUUUCACAUGGUUAUUGCGCACUUUGUUGGCUGUUUUGUUAUAUCUCAUGUAUAUAGAUUUGUAAACAUGGCAGCGAUCCCCAGUCUGUAGAUAUUAAAAUUGGGCUGAUGUGCUGUUUAAUUUAUUUCAGAAUCUUUAUGGCAUGUUUUGACACGGAGUGAAUUUUACAUACUGUGCAUUGGUUUAAAAUCAUAUAUCAAGAUGUAAGAUUGGUUGUCUAAUAUGUGCAAAUAAAGGGAAAAUGCAAGUG